AUGGCAACGGCUCCGCAGCAGGCACGGCUCUCCAGCACGGACCGGCGUGCCCAGAGGGAGUGGGUGCUCAAGAUCAAAGAGACGAGCAACAUGUUGUACCGCAGUGCUGCGCAGGCGCAACGCAACUUUGACCAGUACCUAACCGCCAUGGAGUACGUGGGGGCAAUGUACAAGGACUACGGUGAGCUGCUCAGCGCAGCCCAGAACAGCUUCCUUAACGUGCAGUCGGAGGUGGAGGGUGUCGGGGAUGUUAAAAAAAUCUGUGCCCGCCUCCACAUCGCGAUUCACAGGUGGGAGCACAGCGAGGAGCUCUACGCCGUGCGCAACCACCUUCACCUGCAGACGCAGAUGUUAAAAGCGCGCAGCGACCACUCGUCGAGGGUGCUGCAAGAGUGCAUUGAGCGUGAUGAGUUGAUCAAAAGGCACAGUGAAAAGAGUGCUCUUCUUGCGAAAAAGUUGCGCAAGCAGAGCUCCGAGGUGGACAAGCUGCAGAAGGAGUGCAAUAAACUCGACGGGAAGAUCGCCAAGCGGAGUGACGUGGCCCAGAGGGAUUUGGACGCCAUGGCCGUGAAAUCCACGGCGACAGUCCUGUCGCUCAUCUCACAGUUCUUCAAGGUCAUGCAUAAAAACAGGUGCUUUCAUUGUUGA